AUGUUGGUUUCUUACUUUAAUACAGUGAAAGUUACUCUUCAGUUUAUAUCAGCUGGGCAGCCACAGAAUGGACCCUGGUGUGAAGGUCAGCAGCUUCAAGUUUGGGGUUCCAUCCGUGCAGAAAGUUACAAGCUUUUCACUUAUGCUGAAAAGAUCUCUGGACUUCCAAAUGAAAAGGAGGCUGUAUACGUUGCAUUAGAUAAAUGGAUAGCUUGGGAAACUGAAUUUCCAUUGAUUGCUGCAGCUAAAGCUCUAAGAAUUUUAAGAAAAAGGGGUCAGUGGACACGAGUAGUUCAAGUGGCCAAGUGGAUGCUCAGCAAAGGCCAAGGUGCAACAUUAGAGACUUAUGAUUCCCUUCUGUUGGCAUUUGACAAGGAUUGCAGGGCUGAUGAAGCAGAAAUGCUGUGGGAUAUGUUAUUACGAACACAUAUGCGUUUUACAUCAAAGAGACUGUUUUGUAGGAUGAUAUCCUUAUAUGAUCACAAAAUGCCAGAGAAGGUUAUAGAGGUAUUCGCUGACAUGGAACAGUUGGAGGUGAAACCAGACCAAGAUACUUUGAUUAGAAUCGCACGAGCAUUCGAUGAAUUAGGUCAAACAGAGAAAAAGAUACGAGUCCUCAACAAGUCUCAAGGUAAAUGGAAGUAUGUCCACUUCAAUGGUGAACGUGUGAGAGUUAGAAAGGAUCCUUUGAAAUAA